AUGCAGCAAAAUCCAUGGCAUGCGACCUACAUGUCCAAGCGCUCGAGUCUGCAGUCUGCUAGUUCGAGCCUCAGCAGGCCGAACGAUCGAUUGCUGGCUGCAGUCGCCACCUGUGCACCGACCGCAACCACUCACCCCCAGCUUACCGCUCGAGGCCUGUCAAACAAUGUCGAUGACCUCCCUUCAAGCAGCGACAACACAGCUAUCAGCUCGAUGCACAAGAGACAGUAUACCCGUGUACAGGAUUAUGCUAUCAGCAUAUUCUUUGUCCAAGGUGUAAAAUUUCAGUUGUCUAAUGGCAAAUGGUCGUCGCCGCAUCCGCUCAUGUCCAAACUCGUUCAGCCCUUCACCGUGACCUGUAGAUGGGUCCUAGGCCCUUUUUUCAGGGAGAUUCCCAGGUGUGCCUUCGACUUUGCUGUGCUUGAUGGCGCAAGUGCGGAAGCAAAGUUCUGGAUCUCGACCGAUUUCGGGGGAUUUCCAUGGUGGACGAUCUAUUUGACCUGGCACGGCACGAUCCCCCUGGAGGGUACUCCCGACGAGGAGCGCGACACGGUCUAUCUUUUUCAACAGUGCUGCAAUGUCAAGUACCAGGCUACGCUGACUUACGACUUCAAGCCAGAGAAGGCAUAUUUGAGCAAGAUUGAACACAAGGAAGCGAAGCUUAUCUGCGAGCCGGGGCACGGCGUCAUUGAUCCGCCGACACGAGAAUGCGAAGAAUUCUACAAAACGGCUCGCGCACGAUACGUCUAUGAACGUUCGCACAGCUUUCGUGCCGAGCUCUUGGACGGCGAUCUUCAUCCGGUUUCGUGA